CUUUUUUCUUUGGUCGUGUUAGAGUCAGAAAUCGUGUUCGCUAAGGAUCACGAACCCAAUCUCUCAUUGACCUUAUAAAUUCUUCAAUCAUAGUUAAUUUGUUCUUCAUUUUUCCAAACCCACCAACGCAGUGCUGAUUAAGAGGUCUUGGCGAAGUCGUGUUGAAGAAUUCAUCUAAGUUUCGAACGGAUUCAGCUCCCUGAAUCGAAUUCGUGUUGGGGUUUUCUUUUUUGUUUAAUCUGAGAAUGGAUAGUGAAGCUUAUAGUUAUGGUCUCUCUGAUUCUGCUUCUGCUUCUGCUUCAAGGAGCUCUAAAUCCCAGUCGCAUUUUUAUUUUGAUUACGAGGAGGUGGAUGGGGAUGAUGAUUUGAAUUCGGAAUAUCCUUGCCCGUUUUGUCCAGAGGAAUUUGAUUUGGUUGAGCUAUGCUGCCAUAUUGAUGACGAGCAUCCCGUAGAAGCCAACUUUGGGAUAUGCCCUAUUUGUUCUACAAACGUGGGAGAGAAUAUGGUUGGACAUAUAACGAUGCAGCAUGGAGAUGUAUUUAAUAGUCAACAAAGAUUGAAAUUCCACAAAGACGAUUUUCCUCAAAGUCUUUCUUUUGAGAGAAAAGAGUUAGAAGAUGAUCAUAUAAGAAUUCUUUCGGGGUUCUCUUCACUGCAUUCAACCUCCAAGAUGGCACCUGAUCCAUUGUUGUCAUUUUUAUGCAAUGCACCUGUCAGCAAUGAGUCUAAAACUGUUCCGGCCGAACCUUCAAGUAAAGAAAAAUUGGAGGAAAAAGAUGCGGAUAAUACAUUGUCUGAAGGGGAUGUUCAGUUAUCUUCCAUACCUGACACGAACCAAGAAGAGAAGACUCGGAGAUGUGACUUUGUACGCGGGUUAGUUUUCUCCGUCAUCCUAGGCGAUGAUUUAUAAUAGAGAGCAGAAAGGCAGAAGAGUGAAGUUAUAUCAAAAUUGUAGGAAAUGCUAUUAUGAUUAGUGUUUUAUUUCAAUGUCCAUAUUACUUUUGUGAGAACAUGAUGUAGGAAUUCAGUGUAUUAAUGUGGGUUAGUAAAUAUAGUUAGAAAGUGUAAGCAUUAUCCAAGUUAUUUUCCUGGUUAGGGAAAUGCAGUUGGUGUUCUUCAUUCAAAGAUUAGUAAUUGGUAGUCAA